AUGGCAGCAGUAUCUUCAGCCACCCUCCCGUCCGUUUUGGAUAAGAGUGGCGCCUCGGUGGGCGCAUACAAGGACAUUUCCACCACCGAUGUUAAACUCGAUAAUGAAUUGAAAGGCACCGGCAAGUUUGCCGCUGCCUCUUAUCCACACUAUUUGCCGGUAUGGGAUAAUGAGAAGGGAGUAAAAUACCCUCCACUGGAGCCAUUUGAGCAUUAUGAGCAUGGCAAGGAUGCCGAUCCCACUUUCCCAAACCUCCUCAAGGAGGGCACCCAUCUCGAGAAUAUUACUGCCUCGAUCGGAGCCGAAGUUACUGGAGUACAGCUGUCCCAGCUGAAUGACAAGGGCAAGGAUGAACUGGCUCUUCUGGUCGCUCAGAAGAAAGUGGUUGCAUUCAGAGAUCAAGACCUGGCGUCGCUGCCAAUUGAGAAAGCCCUUGAGUUUGGCCGCUACUUUGGGAGACUGCACAUCCACCCAGCCAGUGGUGCACCAGCGGGAUAUCCUGAAGUCCACCUUGUCCACCGUGGUGCUGAAGACAAGUCCUUCCUUGAUCUUCUGGAAAGUCGCACCAACUCGAUCGCAUGGCACAGCGAUGUCUCGUAUGAGAAUCAGCCUCCUGGAACAACCUUUUUGUACGCCCUCGAUGUGCCUGAUGCCGGCGGUGACACCUUAUUUGUCAACCAGGCCAAAGCAUAUGAAAGACUUUCACCUGCUUUCCGGGAGCGUCUCGCUGGUCUCCAGGCCGUUCACUCCGGUUAUGAACAAGCCACCAGCGCGCUGAACAGAGGCGGAGUCGUGAGACGAAACCCAGUCUCAUCGAUCCAUCCUCUCGUGAGAACUCACCCGGCAACCGGUGAGAAAGCACUUUACGUCAACCCGCAAUUCACCAGAUACAUAGUCGGCUUCAAGCAAGAAGAAAGCGACUACUUGUUGAAGUUUCUUUAUGACCACAUUGCUCUGAGUCAGGAUAUCCAAGCAAGAGUCAAGUGGGCCCCCAAUACCGUGGUUGUCUGGGAUAACAGAGUGACUGCACACUCUGCUCUCAUUGACUGGGAGGAUGGUCAGCGCCGACAUAUAGCACGUCUAACUCCACAAGCCGAGCGUCCAACGGAGUAA